AGUUAAAACUGGAUCGAUUUUAGGAUUAAUAAUUGAUAAAUCAAGAAAAAUCGUCAAUAUUAAUAAUAAAUGGACAAGUUGAUAAGCUUUAAAGCCAAAUCUCAUGUAGGUCAUUUGAAAUAGGUGAUAACAUAAGAAUAAAAGCUAUAAUUUUAUAGUGAAGAGGAGGGAGAAUCAUCUAAUUCAUAAGACAAUACACCAACACCAGAAAAUAAAGGAAUAAAGAAACCAUUUUAAAAAUAAAAUGGAUUUUAAACAGAUGAAUCAGAAAGUGGUACACCUAAGAGUUAAAGAAAUACUUAGUAAUAACAUACAAGUAAUUGUAGAAAUUUUGAAUUAAGCAGCCAAGAUGUCUAGAUUUAGUAAUUUAGUGAAUACAAAAAGAAUAGAUGGUGAUGUAGAAAAUGAACCUGAUUUUAGUGAUACAGAAAAUAAUAAAGAGCCAAUUGAAUAAAAUAACUAAGAAAUAUAUUACAAUAUUGAAGAGUAAGCUUAAAGAAUAUAAUAAAAACUCUCUCAAAAAGUUUAACCUAAUCCGAAGUUAUCAAAAGCAAAGUAUAAAAGUUUGUAAUGAGUAGAUAAACAACAUCUAUGUAAAAUUUGAAUACAAAUUCAGAUUGUGAUUAAACUAAAAAGAAUCAACAAAUAAACUAAAAAGAUAAAAUAGCUUCGCAUCCUUUUCGUCAUUUAAUAUUUGGAUAAUAUAUUAAUGAAUAAUAGUUUAAAAAGCAUUUACUUCUUAUAUAAAGAGGAUUAAUAUAUGCUAAAAAAUGUUUAAAAGGUCCUUCUGAUAAAUUUAUAGAGUCAAAAAAAGUAUAUUUAAAUGAACUAAGUCCAAAAAAAGAGAAAACUCUAAUUCUAGAUUUAGAUGAAACUUUGAUACAUUCUUGUGCUCCAAGAGAAAAUCCUUAAGUAUAUGUUACAGCAGUAGGAGACUUUGGAGAAGAAGCAAAAGUAAUAUGAUUUAAAUAUUUUUAGAUUGGAAUAAAUAUACGUCCAUAUACUUCAUUAUUUCUCUCUUCACUCUCUUAAUUAUAUACAAUUUAUAUUUAUACUGCAUCAUCCUAAGCAUAUGCUUAAGCUAUUAUUAAUUAUUUAGAUCCAAAAAAAUAAUAUAUUUCUGGAGUCUUAUCUAGAAAUAAUUGUAUGGAAACUAAAAAUGGAUUUUUUAUUAAAGAUUUAAGAUUAAUUGGUAAUAAAUAACUUAAAGAUAUGUUAAUAAUUGAUAACUUAGCUCACUCUUUUGGAUUUUAAAUUGAAAAUGGAAUUCCUAUAUUAGAAUGGCAUAAUGAUUAAAAUGACUAAGAAUUGAAAGCUUUGAUAGAUUAUUUAAAAGAAGCAAUCAACCAUACAGAUUUAAGAGAGUAUAAUACUAAUAAUUUAAAAUUGGAUGAACUUAUGGAAUUCCAUUUAGAAGAAUGAUUAUU